CCGGAGGGCUCAGCUGUGGUUGACGUCAUCGCUGCGCGCCGCACGCCUGCGCGUUGAAAUUGUUGGCGCCAAAUGAAGCUGCGGAGGAACGGUGACAUGGACAUCAGAAGAUUUUUUGACGUGCUUCCUGCAGCAAAGAAGGCUGGGAAUAAGGCUUUGGAAAAGAACAAAAUGAAAAAUGUUGGCAAAGGGUUGUUAAACAUGAAGAAAACUGAUGUCAAGAGAAAGGACUCCUGCAAUUCCAAAGCAUCAAAACAAAAACCAGUGCACAGGAAAAAACACAUUAUUUAUGAUUCGGAUUCUGAACCAGAAGCUUCGCCUCCAGAUAAGAAACUCAAGAAAGGGUCAUCCUCCUCUAAACCUACAAAAUCCUCCAAAUCAGAGCCUGUAACUGUGGUUUCUGAAACAGAUGAAGAGGACGAUUUUCUGCAAAGUAGGAAGAUGACCCAAAAAUCCAGGGAAAAUGGUGGUCGUCCCGGGACAUCAGGAUCUGGAAGGACCAAUGUGAAAUCACAGCUCAAGCCAGUGCAGCCCAAACAAGCAAGUCCAGUGAAAUUUACUGCUAUAUCAGUUCAAGAUUACUUCGGCUCAAACAGUGUGCAAAGAUCAAGUAAAAAACUGGUGGCCAGCAAAAGGAAAGCACCUUCAGCCAGUCUUGAUUCUACUGUGGAUGACGAAGAGUUAGCUCGCCAGUUACAACUUGAUGAAGAUGAAGAGAUGGAACGGCAGCUGCAUGAGGAUGAAGAAUUUGCUAAAACAUUGGCAAUGUUGGAUGAGAUGCCAAAAAGCAAAAAGACACGGACAGAUCCUGAAAGCCAGGAGUUAUCGUUAUCUUUGGUAGUAAAAGCUGAACCUAGAAAAUCGGCAGAUGAGCAGACAGCAGAACACUCGGCCAAGAUGUUGAGUGAUGUUGAUAAUGUGAAGAACUGCAGUGAAAAGUUCAGUAAGUCACAGAACACAAGGAUUUCUACUCAACUGUCGUCUGAAUCUUCUAGUAAUAAUGUGGAAAAAUCACUUCAUAAAGCAUCUCCAUCUAAAAUAAGUGCAAAAUUGGCCAACAUGAAACGUAAUGAAGAAUUGGUGCGAGUAAAAGGGGACAGUCCAACAAAGCCAGUCCGAGAGAAGAGAACUUCACCGAGGAAAGGGGAGAAAACCCUUUCUUCAAAGAAAGAAGCAAAGAUUUCUCCCAAAAAAGAGGAAAAACCUAAUUCUUUAAAGAAUGGAAGUAAAAGGAUUUCUCCAAAGAAGGAAGAACAGACUGUUUCACCUCACACAAAGGAGAAAGUAUCCCCAAACAAAUCUGAGAGCCCCGAGGAUUCUGAAAAGAAGCGCCAGAAUUACUUGGCCUACCGUAGCUUUCUAAAUCGUGAUGGGCCACGAGCUUUGGGUUCAAAAGAAAUCCCUCAGGGAGCUGAGAACUGCUUGGAAGGGCUUACGUUCGUCAUUACAGGAGUCCUGGAAUCCAUGGAGCGCGAAGAUGCUAAAUCUUUAAUUGAGCGUUACGGAGGGAAACUAACUGGAAAUGUCAGUAAGAAAACAAAUUACCUGGUGACUGGUCGAGAAGGUGGGCGGUCGAAACUGGACAAAGCAGAGUGUUUUGGAACAAAGCAAAUCGAUGAAGAUGGACUGCUGGAUCUGAUUCGUAGAAUGCCAGGAAAGAAGUCCAAGUACGAGACUGCUGCUGAAGAGGAGGUUAGAAAGUCAAAAUCCAAAGUGCAAGAAGCUGCCAAGAUGGCAGACAAAGAUGAGCAUAUUAAGAACGGCUCACCACCACUGAAGAAACAAACGGAGCAUAAAAAGAGUGGUUCUUCAGCAGAGAAUGGUGAAUCCUCACGAUGCAAGAAGAGUAUGUUACUUGGAACAGAACCUUUCACCAAUAGUUCUGCCCUGAUAUGUGAUCGUUUGAAGCCAGCUUCAGAGAAGGAGGAGCGGAGUUUGCUGUGGGUGGAUAAGUAUAAGCCUGCAAUGCUGAAGAAUUUAAUCGGACAACAGGGAGAGCAGAGUUGUGCAAAUAAACUGGUCCGCUGGCUGAAACAAUGGCAUGUCAACAAUGCUGGGAACAGCAAACCUGCAGUGAAAUUCAACAAAUUUGGUGGGAAGGACGAUGGCUCAAGCUUCAAGGCUGCUCUGUUGUCUGGUCCUCCAGGUGUGGGUAAAACAACCACAGCUACCCUAGUAUGUAAGGAACUGGGAUACAACUAUGUUGAACUCAAUGCCAGUGACACUCGCAGCAAGAACACGUUGAAAGAAGUGAUAGCAGAAUCACUGAACAACACCAGCAUCAAAGGCUUCUGCUCUGGAACUUCGUCAUUAAGUCCCAAACACUUGUUAAUCAUGGAUGAGGUGGAUGGGAUGGCUGGUAAUGAGGACAGGGGCGGAAUACAGGAGCUGAUUUCUCUUAUAAAGCAGACCAAGGUUCCCAUAAUCUGUAUGUGUAAUGAUCGCAACCAUCCCAAGAUACGGUCUUUAGCAAAUUACUGUUUUGAUCUCCGUUUCCAGCGGCCUCGAGUAGAACAAAUUAAGGGUGCAAUGAUGACUGUUGCUUUUAAAGAAGGCUUGAAGAUUCCUCCUCCAGCUAUGAAUGAAAUUAUACUUGCAGCCAGUCAAGAUAUCAGACAGAUCCUGCAUAAUCUCAGUAUGUGGUGUGUAGAAAACAAGACUCUGACGUACGAUCAGGCUAAAGACAAUGGCAAGAAGACCAAGAAAGACAUUAAACUGGGUCCCUUUGAUGUUGUGAGGAAAGUGUUUUCUGCUGGCGAGGAAACGGCCUCCAUGAGCUUGAUAGACAAGUCAGACCUCUUCUUCCAUGAUUACUCUCUCUCACCACUUUUUGUUCAAGAAAACUACCUGCAUGUGAAGCCGGCAGCCUCUGGAUCAAACCUCAAGAAGCAUUUAAUGCUGUUGAGUAAGACAGCAGAUAGUAUCUGCGAUGGAGACCAUGUUGAUAAACGGAUCAGGUCUCAGCAGGCAUGGAAUCUACUCCCUACUCAGGCAAUAUAUGCAAGUGUGAUUCCUGGUGAAUUGAUGAGAGGUUACAUGUCACAAUUUCCAACUUUCCCAAGUUGGUUGGGGAAAUUUUCAUCCACUGGCAAGCAUGAACGUAUUGUCCAGGAACUUACGAGGCAUAUGUGCCUAAGGACACACGCUAGCAAGCGGGCAGUAAACUUGGAUUACCUUCCCUAUCUGCGGGAUGCACUGGUGCGACCCCUCUCACUUCAGGGAGCAAAUGGUGUUCAGGAGGCUGUUGAAACCAUGGAUGCGUAUUAUCUGCUGAAGGAGGAUGUGGAUUGUAUCAUGGAGAUUAAUAGCUGGGGUGGUCGGCCUGAUCCAUUCUCCAAACUAGACCCGAAGGUAAAAGCUGCAUUUACUCGCACCUAUAACAAAGAGACACACUUGACUCCAUAUGCUCUGCAAGCCAUAAAGAAACUGAAACAUGGGAGUGGUGCUGGAUCAUCUCUGGACUCUGAGCUUAAUGAUGAUUCGCAGACAGAGGAUGUUCAAGCAGAUGAAGCUGAGGAUAACUUGGAAAUGGAUGGAAUGAUUAAGCCAAAGAAGUCUAAAGCAUCAAAGAGCCGAACAGAAGAAAAAUUGCCACAGCUGAAAGGAAGAAAGGAUAAGGGGAAGCAAAAGGCAACAAAAUGAUUUUGCCUUGAGAAUGGUUUGGUUUUCACUGGCUGCAGGUCUGCUAAAUGGACUGUAGUGACCAGGCUUAAUACCUGGUGCUUGAUACAAUUUAUUUGAGCGCAGUUUUCUUUUGUCUUAAAGGAAAGUUAUUUACAAACUUUUUCUCUUGAAGUAAAGGUGUAUGUAUUUUUCUGUAUAUAUGCAAUACAAAGCUAUCCUUAGGUAUUUUUGAAACUGUACAUUAACAUGACGUGACACAGGUUUUUUUUUUGAAUAAAGUAAUUUUUGCAGUCAUCUGCAACAGUAAGAUGAGCCCUGUGUUACUUCCUGUACACACUUAACUGGAAAUACUUUAGAAGACUUGGAGGAUUAGCUGGACUAUUCCCUGUAAAGGCCCUUUGGAAACUGCAGAAGCAUUGUCAUGUUUUCGUUGUGGCCCUUCAGGGAAGUUUGGCCCUCUGUUCCAGAGCAAGAGCAGUGCAGUGAGGUCAUGUUGUAGUCUUGAGUGAAUUGUCCUUUAAGCCACAAGUUAUUCAGACUCCGUUUUGCACUUUAUAUGUGAGAAAUUUAACUAGCUUAGUAGCUUUGUUUCUUAUAGAAAAAAAGUGUCAUGCUUUCGUUAGAUUGAAGUUGGUAACUUGGUAAGAGCUCUUAGUUUGGUUUAUUUUACACCAAUUGGGUGAUUUUUCUGCUUAGAGUUUAAUUUGGGCACUGCUGUAUAUUGUUAUCAACCACAUGGAUGAUAAAGUACACAUAGGUUGGUGUGAGCAAAGAAGCUUAUUGAUCAGGUAAACUUGGUUUGAUGCCAUAAUUCUGUAAUGUUUAACCAAGUGCUUGGUCUUGUCAGAUUGUGUAGGUCUUAUGCAGAACUGACCAAUACUUAAAUACUUAAUCAUUUGAAAAUCAAAGCAAGUUGAGGGACUUGCCUCCAAACCAUGGUCUGAAUUUUCUCAAUGUAUCGAUAAAGGACACCACUUGAUAAAAAUGGGUGUAUAUUAGCUAAGAACCAAUGUCUUACAAAGUCAGGUAAAUUUCACCUCUUGGACUAUGCAGUUGAAAUUAUAUGUUGAAAUACUGAUAACAUGUUAAUAUAAUAAAGAAGGAUUUACCAAAUUUACACUAAUUCAAAUUAUUUUAUUACAUAAAUAGUACAUUUUGUGUAUGAGCAGCAGUGCUUCUAUUUCAAUAGAACUUCCAGCAUGCGUUAAAGGUAGCACAGGGAAUCUAUAAAUAAUGCCUCAUCUGGAGAAUGUUAUCUGUGAAUCGAUUAUUCAGUUGACUGUUGUUGGCAAAAGUGAAAGAUUCCAUAUGAAAAUGGCGGAAAGGUUGUUUUAUUGCUGGUACUAUGCAGUGUGACUAAUUGUGAGAAUGAGAAAAAUAAUUCCCUUGGAAGAUGAGCUAGUGUUUAAAUAAAUUUGAAAAACAAUACAAAUGUUAUAAAUAAUUCAAUUUAAAGAUAGCCAUACAGUAACUGCCACUGAAGGGAGCAUUGUUUUCUAAAACGAUCAUUGGAUACAUUACCACAGAACACUUUUUACAGAGCAUGUCUGCAGUGUUUAGAGGAGUUUUGAGUAUUAAUCUUAUAGAACUUAGCUUAAGAGAUCACACAUUGUAAAAUACCCAACACAACUAAAUGGUAAUCAAGAUUGUAUAAACAAAAAUACAAAUAAAAAUAAUGGUUAUUUUGUUUUUAAAUUUAAGCAAGAUUGCUUAAGUAACAUUCAAGCAGAAAUCUGGUUUCUU